AUGAAAAAGAAAAAAAAAUUUUUUGCGUGUAAUUUUUUUUUUCUUUGUUGUUCCACACUCAUGAUUAGACUUUAUCCAGGCAUAAGACCUUUGCGUACAGGGGUUGUUCACUUUUCCACCAAACAGGCUAUACGGUCAUCGUUGUGGACUAUACCGAAUGUGUUGACAUAUACACGUAUUAUUACUACACCGUUUAUUGGAUACUAUAUAACUACUGGCCAGUCUACUGCCGCGUUGCUGUUGUUCACGUACUCGUGUGUCACCGACUUUGUUGACGGGUACAUUGCUAGAAAGUACAACAUGAAGUCGAUUGUGGGGUCGAUUGUUGAUCCGUUGGCCGAUAAGUUGCUUAUGACGGUGUGUACGGUGUCGUUGGGGUAUGUUCAUGCGAUUCCUCCGGUGAUAGCAAGCAUAAUAAUUGGCCGCGAUGUGAUGUUGAGUUUUAUGUCGUUCUACUAUAGGUACAAGAGCUUGCCGGCGCCCAAGACGUUUGAUAAGUUUAUUAGCAUUGGCCAGAUUCCGACUAUAAGUGUGCACCCCAAUAUGUUGGGCAAGAUCAAUACGGCGUUGCAGAUGGUGUACAUUGGGAGUUUGGUGUACCGCCCGUUGGUUGAGUCGGUUGUUUCUGGGGCCGUUUAUGAUGGGUUGGGGUUGGUUGUGGGGGCGACCACAUUGGCGAGUGGGGCCAACUACUUGUUUAGCAAAAGUUCAUGGAGAUAUGUAAAAUGA